ACAGUGUGACCCGGCCACAUAGGUUUCAAAAAUUAGGUCCAUUCGCCUCAGGAGGUCCGGCGACCAGGAAAAAUAGAAAAACUAAUGAAGGACGGCUUCAACGGCCACGGACGAUAUAGUGGCUUCUUCUGCUUACGAUCUGCGACGCCUCCAACUGCGGAGCAGCGGCAGCGGAAGACGUCGUCGUUGUUAUUGUAAUCUCCGAGAUGGCGUCGAAGCAAAUGGAGGAGAUCCAGAGGAAGCUGGCAGUCCUCAACUACCCCCGCGCCAACGCCCCCGCCCAAUCUCUCCUCUUCGCCGGCGUCGAGAGAUACGCCCUCCUCGAAUGGCUCUUCUUCCGGCUCCUAGGUGACAGAUCACCCUUCACUCAACAGAAUUGGCAAGGGGAUAGCAUGGAUCGUGAUGAGGAGAAUACUCGAAUCCAACACUUGGCUGAGAUAGCAAGCUUCUUGGGUAUUACAUCGUCAGUUGAUACAGAAGCAAUCCAAGGAAGAGGCAAUUAUGAAGAACGUGUGGAAAUGCUUCGUCUUAUUGUAGAUCUUGUGGAAGCAAGCUGUUAUGCUGACAAUCCAGAAUGGAGUGUUGAUGAGCAGUUGGCAAAGGAUGUACAGUUGGUAGAUUCCAUUGCUGAGAAGCAGGCUCAAGUUUUCUCAGAAGAAUGCAAACUUUUUCCAGCAGAUGUCCAGAUUCAGUCGAUUUACCCCUUACCAGAUAUAUCUGAACUGGAGUUGAAGCUUGCCGAACAUACAAAGAAAUUGGCAAAUUUGCAGCAGAUGGUCCAGGAGUUGGCGUCUAAGUACGAUUACAAUCCUAAUGAGGAGUAUGCGGAAACAGAGUUGAAGUUGAGGGAACACUUGGAGUCUUUUCUGGAAACUGUGAGGUCCUUCAAUUUGAUUUACACAAAGGAAAUUCGCCCUUGGACACACAUGAUGGAGGUUCCACAGUUGCAUGGGUUCGGGCCAGCUGCUAAUCGCUUACUGGAGGCUUAUAACACACUUUUAAAGUUUUUGGGAAAUUUGCGAAGUCUGCGAGAUUCUUAUGCAGCCAUGGCUGUUGGAUCGGUGUCAACAACAGAUGAGCCUUCUUCUGUCGCAAAAAUAAUCAUGGAUUGUGAAUCAGCUCUGACGUUUUUGAAUCGUAGUCUUGCCAUCCUCUCGACUUCUGUGGCUCGAGAGCAAGCUUGUUGAGAUGGUGCUAAUGAUUAAUGAUGUGGUCAUGAUUAAUGGUGGUCAAGAUUUAGAAAAGAUAUGAAGCAUUGGAGUUUGAUCAAGCUAUUAGAAUGCCGAAAGAUCUAUCCCUAUUGCCGAUGCUAAAUUCUUAUUCAAAUUACAUGGAUGCCCAGUCUUCUGUAUCUCA